GAGGAAGAGGGUAGAGGUGAAAUAGAUUGUGUAUGAAGAAUAGAAAGAAGUGGAAAUGAGAGUGUACGGGUGUAUAAACAGAUGAUAUAAUGGAGAAAAAAAAUGUAAUUGGGCAAACCAGGAGUAUUUGAUCAUUUAGGGAGAGGAAGUGUUGUCAAUUCUUGUCCUGCAACUAUGCUUUUCAACACGUUCGAAUAGCAUUGAUUGGGAAGCAAAUGAAUCCAGAACCUCUGAAGAUUUCUCUCACUGCACCUUUCCCCUAGCCAAGGAAGUUGAAAUGGACCCGGGGGGCCCAUCGCCCCUCAUGCAUUUUGUGGUGGCGAAGAAGACUAUCAACUGUAUAUUUGAUCAGUUGCUGGAGUACGUCAAAGAGGGCUCAGAGUUUGUGGACGAGACAUGGCGAAGUGCGGAUCUGGAGCAGGUCGCAGUUGAGGAGCAGUGCCUUGAAAUCCAGACCUGUGCUAGGAAACUGGCCACCAUUCGGGAGGUGCUGGCGCGUAGGCACAUGAAGGUAGCCUUUUUUGGGAGGACGAGUAACGGUAAAAGCACAGUGAUCAAUGCCAUGCUGAGGGACCGGGUGCUGCCCAGCGGCAUUGGCCACACCACCAACUGCUUUUUGAGGGUGGAAGGCACAGACGGGGACGAUGCCUACCUCACCACCGAGGGCUCUGAUGACAGAAAAAGCGUCAAGUCAGUCAAUCAGCUGGCCCAUGCCCUGCAUAUGGAGCGCAGUCUAGACUCAGGCUGCCUAGUGAAGGUGUUCUGGCCCAAGUCCAGGUGUGCCCUGCUGAGGGAUGACCUCGUUAUUAUGGACAGCCCAGGGACUGAUGUGACCUCUUACCUGGACAGCUGGAUCGACAAGUUCUGUCUGGAUGCUGACGUCUUUGUGUUGGUGGGCAAUGCAGAGUCCACACUGAUGAACACAGAGAAGCUGUUUUUCCACAAAGUGAGCGAGCGAAUAUCCAAGCCAAACAUUUUUAUCCUGCACAACCGCUGGGAUGCCUCUGCAUGGGAGCCCGAGUACAUUGAUGAACUCCCUCAGGUGCGUAAGCAGCACAUGGACCGCUGUGUGAGUUUCCUGGUGGAGGAGCUGAGGGUGCUGAGACAAGAGGAGGCUCCAGGCCGGAUAUUCUUUGUGUCGGCCAAGGAGGUGCUCAGCUCCAGGAUGCACUGUGCCCAGGGCAUGCCCGAGACAGGUGGCGCUUUAGCAGAGGGAUUCCACGAAAGACUGAGGGAGUUCCAGAGAUUCGAGAGGACUUUUGAGGAGUUCAUCUCACACUCUGCGGUCAAGACCAAGUUUGAGCAACACACGCUCAGGGCGUGGCAGAUCACAGAAGCAAUCAAAGCAGUCAUGGACGCCAUAAAUAUCGCAUCCGCCGAAAGGAAGAUAUUUUCCCUGGAGGACCGAGAGGACCAGAAGGACCGUCUAGAGUUUGUCAGAGGCCAACUUAACCGUCUGACCGAGAACGUCAAAGAGAAGAUCAACACCAUAACAGAUGAGGUGGCUGCCAAGGUGACCGUUGCCUUGGUGGAGCAGAUUCGUGGUCUCCCAGCGCAGGUUGAUGAGUUCAGUGCUGAUUUUACACCACAUGCAUUGCCACUCUACAAAGCAAAGCUUAUGAUGCAUGUGGAAGAGAGGAUGAGUACAUGUUUGGCCUUUCGUUGUUCCACUGGGAUCAUUGGCCACAUGCAGUCAUGCCAGAAAAACAUGAUUGAGAAUAUUACGCCGCUGCUGCCCCCUGAUGUCCAGGAGCAGUUCCACAUUCACUUACCCAGCAGGAAGUUUGUCCUUACCUACGACCUUAACCUGGCCACCCUCUGCGCCGACUUUCAGGAGAACAUCGACUUCCAGUUCUCUCUCGGCUGGACUGCCCUUGUCAGUCGAUUUAUUGGGCCGAGCAAUGCCAAACGUGCCCUGACGGCCAUGAACCAGAAUUUUCAGAAUACCUCUCCUACUGCACUCCAGGCACAUGGUGGAACCAGCCUACAGGACCACAUGGUCUUUUCAAUGGCAACAGGUGUUGUGUCACUCACCUCCAGAGCCUCCAUGACUGUGCUUGUCAUUGGCGGAGUGGUGUGGCGCUCAGUGGGCUGGAGACUCGUCGCCCUCUCCGCAACACUUUAUGGCCUGCUCUACCUGUACGAGAAGCUGACGUGGACCAACGCCUCCAGGGAAAGGGCUCUGAAGCAGCAGUUUGUGGAGUUCGCCAUCCACCGACUUAGGGCCAUCAUCCCCUUCACCAGUGGGAGCUGCAGCCAGCAGGUUCACCAGGAGUUGGCAACGACCUUUGCCCGUCUGUGCCAGCGGGUUGACCUGAGCGAGGUGGAGCUGGAGGGGCACAUUCGACUGCUGAGUGGCAGGAUCCAGAGACUGGAGAACGUCCAGCGACGCUCCAAGACUCUCAGACACAGAGCCACAGAUCUGGAGUCUCAGCUGGAGGCAUUCUCUGCCCAGUAUCUGCAGAAUCAGUGCUGAGUGAACAGAUCCUCACAAGGAGAUACAUUGAGGUGUUCAAUGGAACUGGUUCUGAAAUGGUCUGUGGUACCAUGAUCAUUCUAUACAAAAACUACUCAAUUUCCAAGAACCAAUUUAAAACCAAAAACAGACAUUCCCACAACUUCCAAGGAACCAAAUGUUCUAGCUAGAUAGCAUCUGGAUGUGUCAUUGCAUGUGUUAUUGCAUGGGGCACAUCUCACACAGGUACAGUGCAUUCGGAAUGUAUUCAGACCCCUUGACUUUUUCCACAUUUUCUUAUGUCACAGACUUAUUCUAAAAUGUAUUAUUGUUUUCAUUUCAUCAUCAAUCUACACACAAUACCCCAUAACGACAAAGCAAAAACAGGUUUUUAGAAAUGUUUGCACAUUUAUGAAAAACAAUGAAAACUGAAAUAUCAGACCCUUUACUCAGUACUUUGUUGAAGCACCUUUGGCAGCGACACCUGUAUUUUGGGAGUUUCCCCCAUUUUUCUCUGCUGAUCCUCUCAAGUGGGAGUGGGAGUGUAGCUGCACAGCUAUUUUCUGGUUUCUCCAGAGAUGUUCGAUUUGGUUCAAGUCUGGGCUCUGCCUGGGCCAUUCAAGGACAUUCAGAGACUUGUCCGAAGCCACUCCUGCGUUGUCUUGGCUGUGUGCUUAGGGUUGUUGUCAUGUUGGAAGGUGAAACUUCCCCUUAGUCUGAGGUCCUGGGCGCUCUGGGGCAGGUUUUCAUCAAGGAUCUCUCUGUACUUUGCUCUGUUCAUAUUUCCCUCGAUCCUGACUAAUCUCAUACUCCCUGCCACUGAAAAAACAUCCACACAGCAUUCAGGCCAAAGAGUUAUAUCUUGGUUACAUCAGACCAGAGAAUCUUGUUUCUCAUGGUCUGAGAGGCCUUUAGGUGCCUUUUGGCAAACUCAAGUGGGCUGUCAUGUGCCUUUUACUGAGUAGUGGAUUCCGUCUAGCCACUCUACCAUAAAGGCCUGAUUGGUAGAGUGUUGCAGAGAUGGUUGUCCUUCUGGAAGAUUCUGCCAUCUUCACAGAGGAACUCUGGAGGUCUGUCAGAGUGACCAUCGGGUUCUUGGUCACCUCCCUGACCAAGUCCCUUCUCCCCUGAGUGCUCAGUUUGGCAGGCCAGUCUGAUUGGUUCUUUUAAUUUUUAAUACAUUUGCAAAAAUGUCUAAAAACCUGUUUUCACUUAAUCAUUG